UUGAUUGUGUGUUCGUAUGAAACUAUGUCAUUUGUAUGUAUGUUCAUAUGUUCGAACUACUGUCUGUUCCUUCAUAACUUGUAACAGAGAUGGUAGACAAGCAGAACAGAGUUAGCUAUCGUCAUUAGAAGACCUGUACCUCUUUACCUAAGCUUUAUCAUGUAGAGGAAUAGGAUUAGCCAUCAUCAUUGGCAGAAGCGAUCAAGCUAUCGUUAUUAGAAGACUUGUACAAUCAUACCUGAUCUUCACCAUGUAAAACUUCAGAAGAAUAUAUAAUUUUUUAUACUUAGUGUUUUCUACAAGAACCUCCUCACCGAACCAACAUGAGUUUAACACAUCGUCGUAAUAACCAACAAGAUAAUACCGACUUCGUAAGUGAUCUACAAACCCCCAGACACUCCAUUGAAGAUGGAAGUGCAAUACCAACCGACUUAGCGUAAGAUUAUCGCUAGUCUAACAUUACCUCAUAGGGCGCCUUAUCAUACAAGGCACAAGCCCUAAUACAUGUACGUCAGCACCCUGAGCGAGGGCACCUUCGGCGAGAAGAGGUUCAGGGAGGUCGUCAUCACGAAUGGGGUUCUGGGUCGAGUGGAGCCGAAGGCUUUGCUCGGCAGCGUCCUCUCGCUUCAGGAAAUCGAUCUCGAGUCGAACUAUCUGACUUAUUUCCCCGCCGAAGAAAUACCGCUCUAUACUAACCUGGAGAGCUUGAACCUGCGUGGCAACAAACUCACGUCCUUAGCGAACAUCCUCUCCCAGACACUCAUGGACGUUAAACUGGACGGGAAUCCGAUGGGUCACGUUCCAGUUGACUUCCUGCAGGAUGUUCCAGAACUCCAGAUCUUCAGCUGUAGUUCCUGCGGCCUCACGGAAAUACAAACAGGAACAUUCACAAGAGGACCUCAAUUACGCUUCGUCGAUCUGGGAUACAACGAGUUGACAUUCCUGCCGGAGGGAGCGUUUGACUUGGCACCAUUUGAUUCAAUGUUGGUUCUCAGCGAUAAUAAGCUGAGCAGCGUCGCAAAAGGAGCCAUUAACGGUGUCACCUUCGAACUGGAGAUACAAGACAACCAGUUUGAACAGCUGUACGAGGACGUUUGGAGGCCAGUCUUCGAGAACACAACUAACGUCUCGCUGUACAAGAAUCCUCUGCUCUGUGACUGCGACACCGCCUGGCUGAUCACCGACCAGGACAUCGUGUACAAAUAUCUGGGCAUCGGGGAUUGCAAGAACGGGACCUAUUUUCACGAGCUCGACCCGGCGUACUACGAGGAGAUGUGCUGAUGGAGAAGUCGAGAAAGUCUGGACGUAUCGACGUCCUUGAUUGCAAAAGGAGGGUUUGUUUGAAAGGGUACAGGUGUGACUGAUACAGACGAGUUUUUUUCAAAAGGAAUUAGUCAUUUA